GCAAGUGUCCUAUAUGGGGCGCACAGAUAGCAUGUGUCCUCUUCAUCCUCGGAAAUCUCACCACAAUGGCGUUCCAGUCCCUCACGGAUGACGAUAGCAGCAUUAAACAGUCACGAGGGUACCGCGCCGGCACGAAGUUCCUGCAGCAAGCCUCGUCCUUUGGAGUAUUCGCUUCGACAUUGGCUCUUCUUGUUUUCUACUCCGCAAAUUACUACUUUGAUGACCCCUGGAUGAGCAAAAACUUUGGAAGCGGUUCCUCUUGGUUAAUCUUUUUCACCUCCCGCGUCUGCGAUGCCUUCGCGUUAUUCUUCUAUGCUGGGUCGAUCUUCUUUCUAGAAGUGUAUCACUCUGAGGGCGCUGGCGAGGCCUGGGGAUGGUUGGGAGCCAUUUGUUUCAAGCUCACCGCGAUUGCUGAGAUCUCCGCACUUGCUGCUUGGGGCAGUUCUUCCUUUGAGGUGCUUGACGCCGUGUACACUGUGAUGCUCGGCGUAUCCCUGAGCAUUGCCUUUCUGUGGGCCCUCUUCUUUGAGCCAGCUAGCCAUC